AUCUCGACAUAAAAUGACAUUCCUUGCGAUUUUCAAAAUUUGCAAAAUACAAGAUCAACAUGAAAUAUUCAUCCCCAUUACUGUAAAAAUGGAAAAAAAAAAUGAUAGAUUAGCCCAUUCCGUUCUCCUCUCACGUUCCCGCAUCCAUGAUCGCAACAAAGCGCCCUUUUCUUCUGCUCAUUACUUCCUGCAAAAGUUCGUUAAUAAUUCCAUCAUUCUCCACAUUACCUACGUCAAAACCUUCAUACUUCACCCCUUUUUCGGAACCUCAGGAUGAAAAUGAUGCCCUUUUCAAAUUCUUCAGAGCCCAUCUGCGCCCCCACUUCACACCCAAUGAUCUCCUGAGAGUCCUGAAAAAAAUGCAGUUCCAUCCACAUUACAAAACCUAUAUUCCAGAAGUUUUCAGCUGGGCCAGCAAUAAGGAAGGUUUCAGGCACGACCACACGACAUACGAGUGGACGAUAAGAACCUUGGCGUCGCAGGAUCGAUUCCCACAGAUGCAAGACAUCCUUGCCCACAUGGCCAAGUCACCGUGCCCGUGCUCCCCAGGUAUUUUUGCGUGCCCCAGGAUAGAGCCCAUUUAUAUAUCUGUAAUUAAUUCUUAUUCUAGGGUUUGUAAGAUGGAAGAAGCUAUCCAGACCUUCGAGAAAAUGAAGAAAUUAAUUGAUGGGAAGGCCCCCGUAGUGGCGUGCAAUAUUAUCUUAAAUGGGUUUGGGAAACUAGGGCAAGCAGAGGAUGCAUUUCGAUUUUAUGAGGAUAUGAUUAGGUCUAGGGUUUUGCCGGAUGUUUAUACUUUUAAUAUAUUGAUUAAUUUGGUCUGUAGGGUUGGGGAUGUGGAAAGUGGUUUUAGGGUUUUGAAGGAGAUGAGAGCCCGGGGUUGUAGGGCUAACGUUGUGAGUUAUAAUACGCUUAUUAGGGGAUUGUGUAAGAGGAAGAGGGUAAAAGAGGGGAUUGAAUUGUGUUAUGAGAUGGUUGGUUUGGGUUGUGUACCUUCAGUUGCAACGUAUGGUAUUGUGUUUGAGAGCUUAAUUGAGAAGGGGGAGCCACAGGCUGCGGUUGGGUUGGUGAAGGAGUUUUUGAGACGAGGAGUUGUACCGGUGGGGCUUGAUUACUUUAAUCUUGUGGAGGCUCUCUGUAAGAAUGGAAAGGUGGAGAGUGCUCUGGAGGUUGUAAGUGGAUUGUGGGAUGCAGGCUGUGUGCCAAGCGUUGUUGCUGGCACAACGUUGUUGGAUGGUCUUUGUAAAGCAAGUAAGGUGGAAGAGGCAUUGACUGUGUUGAGGAGAAUGUUGGAGUGUGAUAUUCUUCCUGAUGGAGUUACGUGGAAUUUAGUGUUGGAAUUAUUGUGCAACAUGGGUCGAGUGGCUGAGGCUGAGGAGCUUAGGCUGUUGGCAAUGAGUAAAGGAUGGAACUGUGAUGCAGUCACGUACAAUAUACUGUUGGAUGGUUUUUGCAAGCAAGGGAGGGUGAAUGAGGGUACCAACCUUGUCAAUGAGAUGCUGGACAAGGAUUUUAUUCAUGAUCUUGGUAUGUACAACAGGCUCAUGGAUAGACUGAACAAACCCAGGAAGAUUGUGGGUAAAAGAAAGGUUUAAGAUUGAUUCGGACAAUUGCCCAAUCCCUGUGUCUUUGAAGCAAUUUACUGUUAGAGAAGAUGAUGAUCCAAUCGCCACACUUUCUUACUGUACAAAGUGCUCCAGGUGCAUGGUGAAAUGAUACUAAUGUUUCAUAGAGAUGUUUGAAUCAAGAUUUCAUUUGCUGCUAGGACCAUUUUGGAGAAACUUAACCGAAAUGUCUGCAAGCCACCUUUCAACAAGGCAUAAUCUGAAUUCUUCAUAAAGGAUGGGUAACCAAAGCAUGAAACUAAAUUGCAUAUCAUACGUGGCUGGUGUUUUUAAGUUCAGACAUCGGAAUUUGAUUCAAGAAUUUUUUAUCAAUAUACAGAUGAUUUGAGGCCAUUGUUUUACAAAACAGGAUACUUCAGCUAGAGGGACUUCUAUAUACCGUUCUUAAUCGAAUUGAUGGCUGCACAAUCAAAACUGAAGCUAUGAAACAUCUGAAAUUGUGGAGUCAACCCUGUUCAUCCAUGCAAUAUGCAAUGUACUGUGCUUCAAAUUGGUUAGCAUUGUGGAAUGACAAUGGAAUGACCUGAUCUUGGAAAGCAACCAUAUCCAUUCUGUCUGCACCAUCAACAUCGAUGAGAGAGGUCUGUACCUUCAGCUGUUUUGUGAAGCACUUCCUAGAAAAUUUAAUGUCUCUAUAUAGUGCUCAUUGUCCUGAAAUGAGCCCAUUAGCCCCUGUACAAUAAAAAUGAUGCUGUUUGGCUUAUGGCUAUUCCUCUUAACAAUGUCCAACUGACACACUCUUUGAAAUAGUCAUUAAUUGUACUAAGGCAGUUGUCUGCAUGCUUCUGUUUGUUUACACACUGUGUCGGGUCUAAUUCUUUGCUUGACAAGGUCAAUGGAUCGAGGGGAGGAGAUGUGUCCAUGUGGAACUUUGGCUUAUAGAAUAGUUAAUCUCUCAACUUGCAACACGCAUUUAUUUUUCUGAACUGCUAUUGACUGUAAAAACAAAAUCUGCAGUUGUCUUCUCUGCAUACGAUGAAACAUUCUUACUUAGACUCUUCUCAA